AUGUCAACUUCAACGGCAACCGAAACUACUACCCAGCAGAAGGUAGUCGUUUCCACUGCAGACUACAGUAACAUGAAUGUGAAGCCUGCGGUCGAGGAUACCAUUUUCCAAGCAACUGCCCGUGGCGACCGUAAUGGAACGCUUAAAUUACCAGGAAUUCCAGUAUUCACAGACCUCUACGAGAAACGUAAAUGGAUGAAAGAGCACAUGGCGGCCGCGUUCCGUUUCUUCGGAAAGCAUGGACACGGCGAAGAUCCUGUUUUGAAAGACCAUUUCUGGAUGAACCCCUACGCCAAACAUUUCUCUGCCAUGAAAGCCUCCGAUCUCGUCCUUGUCGACCAAGAUGGCUAUGUGACCGAAGGAGGCAAUCAGGCCUUCAUCAACGAGGCUGGAUUCAUGAUCCAUUCAGAAAUCCAUAAGGCCAGACCGGACGUUGUUGCUGCUGCGCAUACGCACGGGGUUUAUGGAAAGACGUGGAGCGCAUUUGGGAAGGGAAUCGAGAUGAUCACCCAAGACGCGUGUAACUUCUAUGGUAGACUAGGUGUCUAUAUUGACCAUGGUGGAAUUGCAUUGGCUCAGGAAGAGGGGCAGCAGAUUGCGAAGGCUUUAGGGCAGGACAACAUGGCAUGCAUUUUGCAAAACCAUGGGUAUCGCCUGCUUCUGGUCCCCGUUUUGUUGUACAAUUCAGCUGACGAUGUACGCAGUUUGUUAACCGUAGGUCGAACAGUAGAUGAAGCAGCCUUCCUUCUUUCCAGUUUGGACCACGCGUGUCAUUCGCAGCUGAUGGCUGAAGCAGCCGCUGCCAAUGGGGUACCGAAGAAGGUCAUCAAUGAUGAAGUGGCUCAGUAUACGGCCAAUGCGGUACAGACUCCGCAUCAUUUUUAUACUGAAUUCCAACCUGAGUUCGACCUCAUUGUGGAGGAGACCAAUGGGCGGGUUCUUCUGUGA